AUGCUUAUAUCCAAAACUAGAGGAAUAAGGUGUAUUUCUCAGCCUGGCCUGCACCCUCUCUCAGUCAGCGACCCCUCGGGUGAUGUCUGUCUGAUUGGGCCCAAGCUGGUAGUCAGACAUCCCUCUUGCACUCUGGGACCCCUCACUCCUUACAGCCUGUCUGCAGCGGAAGCUGGAGAUGCUCCCGUCACCACUGCUGCACUUGCUAGCCAUGAGCCCGGCUUCUGGCUGAGUGGCACUCCCCCGUGGGAGUGUACUGACCACCAGGGAGCAGUUCCUGCAUUGAGUGUGGGUCAGUGUGCAUCAUAG